ACUUAAAUUUAUUUUUACACUUUAAAUCAAUUUUAAAAAAUAAAAUUUGUUGCCUGAGAGGGAACGUUUCAAAUCUCGUUUUAUUUAGGAAGUUCGAGUGAAAUCAAAGAAGUUGAAAAUAAGGGUAUAUUCAUCGAGAAACCAAAUAAUGGAAAUUUUUACUAUAAUAUUUCCGUCGACUGAGUGAAAAAAGAUCUAUGUCCGAUCCGAUUGAACUUGGAUAGGUGGGAAUUGGGUAGACAUUUUCUCGACUCGGUCGAAUUCGGAUCUUGAUUUUAGAAACUCGGGCCUCGACAAAAUUUUAAAAUGCCCAAAGACUUUAUAAGAGAGAAGAAAUUGAGCGACGUAAAGAUCAUUAAACAUGACAUCCCCGAAACCAAAAAGAUGUUGGUAGUUGAUAGUGGAGUUGCACCGAGCUCAAAUGAACCCAGUGUAUCUGCUGGUAGCCAUAAACGAGAGUUAUACACUCGUCCAAAAAAUGAAACCAGAUUUCACUUAAGGCCAAUGAGUCAUGGCCAUUAUAAACGGGCUACCAUCGAAGAAAAAUCUAUCAAAAAUUAUGACGGUAGAAAAUCGGAAAAGAUUACAUUAGAGAUUUACAAACCAAGAACUACUUUAAUUCAUCAAAGUGCAUCCUACAAGGAAUUGGAAGAAGCCGCUCAACAAUUAUGUGGUCAAAAUAAUAAAAAGAUUAUGCUCACUAACGAUCAACAUCAUGAAUGGUGGAAAAGAUUCAGAUUUAAACUGGUUCUGGGUCUAGUUAUAGCCACCAUUUUAACCUCCAUAUUAGUUCCGAUAUUAAUCAGACUGAGUACGCGCAAGAAGAUGUAACAAGAAACCGUACAGAGGCUAAGAACGGAACAUUGAUAAACUUUUUGUAACUUAUUAUAUUGUCUUUUAUAAAAAAUGAUUGCAAGUUAUUAGAUGUUGAAGAUAUGUUUCUGAUUUUUAAAAAAAUUAUAUUUACAUAUACCCUUCUUAUAAAAUAACUUGUGAACAAAUAUGUCACAUUUUAAGGAUAUUUAUUUCAGAUAAACUUACCCUCUCACGUUAAA